AUGCUUGAGCUCCUUGCGCGUCCAGCGGUGGCUGCGCCGGCCCUGCUGCUGGUCGGAUACAUUCUCUAUCACCUCCUACUUAGGCCCUCCAAGCUGCCAGAUCUGCCUAUCGUCGGCGCCAAAGAAGGCGACUGGUUCCCCAUGCUGCAGGCCAGAUGGAGAAACAUUGUCGACUUUGAGACUGGCCUCAGCGAGGGCUACCAGAAAUACAAAGGCCAGCCCGUCAUCAUCCCGGCGUCACACCGGACCAGCGUAAUGCUCCCGCUUUCCGAAAUCGAGUGGUUCGUGAACCAGCCCGACGAUGUGCUCAGCUUCCACCUCGCGGCGCACGAGUCGCUGCAGCUCGACCACACGACCCUGGACCGCAGGCUGGCCCACGACACUGCCAACAACCGCGUCGUGACGGUGACGCUGAACAGCCAGCUCGGAAACCUAGUUCCCGACAUGCUCGACGAGGUCCGGUUCGGAUUCGAAAAGUGCUGGGGCGACAAGCCGGGUGAAUCCAGGGAGGUGAACCUCUACGACACCACGACGCGCAUCAUCGCCGGCGUCACGGCCCGCAUCAUCCUAGGCGACUCCUUUAGCCGCGACGAGGACUUCCUCAAGCUGAGCACCGCCUGCGCCCAGGACCUCCCCAUCUCGGCGCAGCUGCUGACCUUCAUCUGGAAACCACUCCGCCCGGUCCUCGCACCCAUCGUCACCCUCGCCGCCAGGACCCGCCUGCGCCGCUACAAGCGUGCCAUCGCGCCCGAGGUGAACCGCCGCCUGGCGGCCUGGGAUGCUCGGGUCAGGGACGCCGAGUCCGAGGGCGGCAAGUUCGGAACGACCGACGGCGAGCCAAACGACUUUCUGCAGUGGACGAUCCGCCACGCCAAAGAGAGCGGUAACCCGACCAUGUGGGAGCUCGACAUCCUGGCCGGCCGCACGCUCAUGCUGAACUUUGCCGCCAUCCACACCUCCUCCCUCACGCAGACGGCCGCGGUGCUCGAGCUCGCCGCCAGCGACCCUUCUGUCGCCGCCGAGCUGCGCGCCGAGGUCAGCGCCGUCGUGGCCGAGCACGGCUGGACCAAGCGCUCCCUGGCGCGCAUGGAGAAGCUCGACUCGGUCUUCCGCGAGAGCGCGCGGCUCAACUCGUUCGUCACGCUCGGCAUGGAGCGUAAGGUGGUCGCGCCGGGCGGCGUCACCACCCCGUCGGGCCUGCACGUGCCGCAAGGGGGAACGGUGUGCCUACCGGCGUACGGCGUGCUGCACGACGAGGCCGUCUACCCGGACGCCGACAAGUUCAGGUCGUUUCGGUUCUCGGACGCGAGGGCCGACGACGCCGCGUCGUACGUCGAACGAGCCCGCAACGCCUUCCCCACCACCAAGCCCGAGUUCCUGGCCUUUGGCCACGGCCGCCACGCCUGCCCGGGCAGGUUCUUUGCCGCGUUGGAGUUGAAGAUGAUCAUGGCGUACAUUGUGCUCAAUUACGAUAUUUCUCAGCGCCAAAAGACCCCGAGUAUGUGGUAUGGGAUGAACAGGGUGCCGGAUUUGACUGCCAACAUACGGAUUCAGAGGAGGGAAAAGUCGUGA